AUGAAGACCGCCGAAGCCGCCGAGAAGAAGGCCGACGACGCGGCGCCAGCGCCGGCGCCGGAGGUGGAGGAGAGCGGCUCAUCCGCGGAGACGACGGGGGAGCAUGAGGGCGCCGACUCCGCGGCGCCCGUCAUGUGCGCGAACGGGUGCAGCUUCUUCGGCUCCGCGGCGACCAAGAACCUGUGCUCCAGCUGCUAUAGGGACCUCCUCAAGCCCGCCGCCGCCGGCCCCGCCGUGGCCGAGAAGAUCGAGCAUGCCUGCGACUUCGACUUCAAGACGGCGGGCCGCGAGCAGAUCGCCAAGAAGAACCCGCUCGUCAUGGCGCCCAAGAUCAACAAGAUCUGA